AUGUUUCUCGCGAGCAGUGCGGUCAAUGUCCUUGCUCUUGUGCCGUCGCCAACGCCGCAAGGUAAUGCUUGCCCAGCAUCCUAUUGCUCUGUGGAGUCGCAGUUCCAUCCCAUCAUCCUCCAGGGGAUAACAUGUGACGACUGGACAAUGGGCGGCAACGUUCCUGAUUGGGCUGCACAACAAUCCGGGUGGUUUCCUGUGAUCAACACGACUAGCAUAGAGAUGCUUGCGCGCUACGCAUCCAACCGGCCGCAGUCGCCGCAGUGGGAUAAAGGACAUGACCUGAUCGACGCGCUGGAUAGAGUGGAGCGCCUUAGUAAGGACUCGUUGUUAUCCUGGAAUGGUAUCCUCUAUGCAGCGCUGACGGAAUUCUGGCGUACUUACCGGAUACCGCUGGCUGUGCGUGUUGGUGAACUUGUGGAAAAUCGGAGAGACUCGCUACUGACCUCGUCUGAGGCUCUAGAGAUGAGCGAAUACUUGUAUUUCCAGGGAAUGGGCUCAUCCUAUGUUCCAUGGAUGAAUGAGACAGACCACAAGUUCGUCACGGUUACCAAUACAAACAACGGCGGUGUCAAGAAGCUCCCCAGUGGCUUGGAUGGCCAAACAUACGGCAAUGGCUUUCGGGAUAUGCCGCCACUGUACUCAACGACACACUUGCGUCACAAUCGCCCUAUUGAUUUGCGGACUCACUCUUCCACUAGCCAACCAGUGUCUCGUUCGUUAGCAAGACCCGAACAUCCAGCUCUCUCAGCGAAGGGAACUUCGAACGAGCCAACGAUCAUUCUGAAAGACUCUGGAUCUUGA